AUGCAUUACGAAGAAGACCUUGAUACCACGACCGACGCACCAACGAACGACGUUGUAAAACGACACACCGACGACGAUAUGCCUUCCGCCACUUCCACCACACCAGCACGGAACACUUCACCGUUCCUACUCCAGCCUGAGGAUGUUGAGACAUUACUACGUUCGGACGGCUUCAGUAUAUUAAGAGAGCAUCUUCACGAGCACUACAACUAUGACCUCUGCGAACAACACACAACCGACCACCUCGAAGAGCUCGACCGCUGGCUAAUAGUCCGCGACGUCCUCCACGCCCUCCUCGUUCCCGUCGUCGAACUCUUCGACAAAGCCGUCACCGUAGCUUCGCAAGCAACCCACGCAACGAAACUCGAGGACCUCGAAUACGCUUUCUCCGGCUCCGCCCGUAGUGCCUUUGUCUGGCUACAAUGCUUCCUAUCAGCAGAGAAAGAGCAGGAUUGGUGUUACACGCGCGGCUGCCCGGCAUGCGUGGUCGAACACAGUUUGGACAGCGAAUUCAGUAUACGAUUACUGUACGCCGCAUGCUUGCUCAGCGAUGUACACUACCCCUUCACUUUAGAAGGGCCGACACUACCGUCCUUUAUGUUCUUCCUCGACUCCCUCGCGCGAGCACUAGAGCAAGAUCCCCUCUGGCGCGACAACUUCUACGAGCUUAUGCAGCCCAAGGCCAUCAUGACCCGAGACGGGAUCGAAGAGCUCAUCCACCAGUGUCUCGAACUCGACUGCAUACUAAUCUCGCAAGCAUCUUCGCCUUCAGACCCGAGUAGUCCCGAGGCUUCAGUCAGCUCUAGUCCGGUGUUGGGGCCUGUCGGUGGCGCGCCGGGGAUGAAGGUCAAGCGCAGUAAGAUGGCGCGGAGACAGAUGAAGUUGAAGGUGGAGGAGGAGGCUUGGAUGGAGGAGAUGUUGAGGAAGCUUGCGGCGGAGAGUAUGCCGGGGAUGACUUUAUCAGAGCGAGAGGGCAUGCCGCAGAGUUUAGACGCUGUGGUCAAGGCUGAGCCGGUAGUGGUGGUGACUGAGGUUGCUGCUGUCAAGUGA